CCGAGCCGUGUCGGGCGCAGACGAAGCGGAGGCGCCAUUUUGCGCUGCUGCGGGAGACGGGUCGGGCGGCUUUGGCGGGAGGGAGGCGGACGGUGGCGGUAGGGAUAGCGUUAACCGCGGUAACCAUAGCGGUAGCGGCGGCGGGUGCGGUCGCUGCUCGGGACUAGCGGCUAGCGUCCCCGUUCGCCCGGCCCCGCGGUCAGGACUUUGCCGACAUGAGCGACGUGGAGGAGAACAACUUCGAGGGGAGGGAGUCUCGCUCCCAGUCAAAAUCCCCAGCUGGGAGUCCUGCUCGUGUAAAAUCGGAGAGCAGGUCAGGAUCUCGCAGUCCAUCGAGAGCUUCCAAACAUUCUGAAUCACACUCUAGGUCAAGAUCAAAAUCAAGAUCCAGGUCCAGAAGACACUCGCACAGACGUUACACUCGCUCCAGAUCCCAUUCCCAUUCUCAUUCCCAUAGGAGACGCUCUCGAAGCAGAUCGUACACGCCAGAAUAUCGUCGUCGAAGGAGCCGUAGUCAUUCUCCAAUGUCCAACAGAAGAAGGCACACAGGCAGCAGGGCUAAUCCAGAUCCAAAUACAUGUCUUGGAGUGUUUGGUCUCAGUUUAUACACCACUGAGAGAGAUUUGCGUGAAGUCUUUUCUCGUUAUGGACCUUUGACUGGUGUCAAUGUUGUGUAUGACCAGCGGACUGGACGAUCAAGAGGAUUUGCUUUUGUUUAUUUUGAGAGAAUUGAUGAUUCUAAAGAGGCAAUGGAGCAUGCAAACGGAAUGGAGCUGGAUGGCAGGAGGAUUCGGGUGGAUUACUCCAUCACCAAGAGAGCGCAUACACCCACCCCAGGCAUCUACAUGGGCAGGCCAACGCACAGUGGAGGAGGUGGUGGUGGUGGAGCAGGUCGGCGCCGUGACUCUUACUAUGACAGGGGGUAUGACAGAGGGUAUGACAGAUAUGAAGAAUAUGACUACAGAUAUAGGAGACGAUCACCAUCGCCUUACUAUAGCAGGUACCGGUCACGGUCAAGAUCCCGUUCCUAUAGCCCAAGGCGCUACUGAAGAUCAGAAGAACGAACAGCUGAGGACUUGAUUUUUAAAUAAAAAGUUUAGAUCUUAGCUUCCCUACUGUUUUCCCUCCUUCCCCUUCCCUUCCUUGACCUCCAUCCAGCUAUUUUAGAAAACUUGGGUUCAUUUAGAAUAUACAUAUCUUCCGUUGAAGUAUUCCUGUUUUCCAUCCCUCCUUAUGUAAUACUCUUAAAUAUCGUAAUUGUAGUUUUUGUGUAGUAUAACAUCUUAAGCAAAGUUAAAUAGAAAACCCAAAGUGUUGAUACAUUUUGGAAGUAAUUCCUAUUUUGUUUUUAAAACAAUCGGACUCCUGGCUAAUCAAAAGAGAGCAAUGAUAUUUUUAAAGCUUGCAUGUCGUAUGUAAUGCACACACUCAGAUACUUUGAUAUAAACCUGCAUUUCCAAGUAACUCACUGAUCCUUCUGUUAAAAGGCAAACAUUUUAAUUUGAUAAACAAGUAACAACUUCGAGUUUUACUGUAAAGACAAAUUUGUUUAGGUAGUGAUGAACCAGAGGAUUUUUCUUUUUUUUUUCUUUUUUUUUUUUUUUGGUCAGGUAGUUCCUUUAAGUGUAGAAUAUUCGAGCUAGAGGAAAAAAUGGGUAUUUGGCUGACUUGGAAAACAGAUCCUUGUACACUGAAAAUUAAGGCUGCGUUUUAUAGAUAAAUUUCUGGAUAGCUGCACAGUGGAAAAUAUUUGGAGUUAAAACCAUAGAAGUCUUGGGAUUUUUUUUAUUGUGCUUAGUUAAAUAUUUCCCCUUAAUAAGUGCAGGAGAAAACAACUAUUUAUUGAACAUAGCAAUUAGUUAUAUAAUUUGCUGUUCACUUAAAAACAAACAAAACCCCGGAGUUUUGGUAUUGCAAUAAUGAUGAAGUUUUGUUUCCAGUCCUUUUGAAAGCAUGGAUGGAAAACCUGUAACUACAUGUAAACUUUUCUUUCCUUUCAAUAAAAGUAAAUUCCACCGA